AUGAGGCUCCGAGAGCUGCUCUGCACCGCGGUUUUGCUCCUGGUGACCCUCCUCCUUGCCAGCGGACAGAGGCCAGCGAACGUGGCCCUGCGCAGGAAGGCCCAUCGGCACGGCUGCUCCCAGCGGCGCUGCGUGCCGCUCCACUCCAGAGUGCCCUUCCCCUGA